CAUCGUCGAGAACAGAGCGGAUUAGUGAGUUUGUUCCGCAUCACGUUUCUUAUGUUAGGUGGUCCUGGACUGGCGUGUGUCACAGUGAUCAGUAAUUUGUGUAUUUGCGGUGCCCUUUUGGGUCGGUUUCUAUACAGGACAAGGGUCAGUGAAUGUAUUCCGAUCAUAGUGAGCGCAUAAUGUGAGAUAAAAAUAAAACAUUAACUUUCAUCUCGUUUCCUACGUCGGCGGUUUAUUCAUGUUCAAAAAUCAAAGAGAGUGCGAUGGCAAGGCGAAUGAAAAAUGAAGGAGUCAAAUCAAAAUAAUAACAUGUUGAUUUGAAGCGCUAUAAAAGUUUAGCAGAAGGAGAAUUGUGGAAGAAUAUGUGCAGGUGUAUAAAGAAGGGGCAUCUAAAUGAAUAAAAUUCACUGUGAAUGGCGUGCAUGGAAGUGGAACAUCAACCAUCGCAUCAUUUCGCGCGCGCUUUUUGAUGAAUAGAAACUUUGCCGAAAUCAAUCGUUCCGCCGUGCUGUUAAAAUAACCAUCGUUCUUAUGGAAAUUUCAAUUUCAUAGAUUUAGAUGAGUGUUGUCGAUAUUGGAAAAUUCAUUGAAGCGAAACCAGUUCCGAAAGCAAUCUUAUAACAAAUCUAUAAGUGAGGUGGAAGCAAGGAAACAAUUUCAUUGUAUUUAACAAAAAGGCAAAAUCUGCCACCAGAAAGAAGCGCAUAAUGUGAAAAGUCACUUAAGAACGUGUGCAAAAUGAAUAAAUCGAAUUAAGUAAAUGCAUACAAUUAAUUACGACGGCCUAAAGCGUCGCUGGUAAUUGUAUGAAGAAAUACCGUUGAGCCCAUGAAUCCGUGCAGCUGCCAGCGAGGAGAACGAGUGUAGUUAAGCUCCCUAAGCCAUCGUGUUCGUCGUCGUAUUGCAGCCUGCAGCCUUCUUAUGCGAAGCUUAUUUCCUUCGCCGCUGUGUCUGGUCAUGGCUCAACUUUACACCACAUAAACGAAAGAUCGCGAAGAUAGAGUGCGUUCGUGGUUGUCUGCAUAAAUACAAACACUGCCAACCGCAUCAUCCACAUACAGUCAGGCGGUGUUUAGCGUUUUGUUUGUGCUGUUUCUGGUCUUAUUAAUUUACUUGUGGUAAAGUGCUUUUAAUGAUCAGUGUUGGAUUUGCCGGAAUAAAAUGUAUCAAAAGGGAAGAAAAAUAUAAAGAUCAAGAAAUAAUGAAUUAAAAGAAAUUAUCCAUAUUUCAAUCAAGUUCAUGUGCAUUUUUAACAACAACAUGCCUUCGGAGCAAAAGAAACAAGUAAGGCCGAGUGAAGUUGGAAUGUAAUUAUAAUGUUGGCUUAAUGUUCGGCAGAAAAAAACACCUUAAAGGUGGUAAAUUUUCGUACAGUUUCAAGAGCUAAAAAGGAAUAAGAAAAGUGAAAACCGGCAAUCAAAGUGAAACGAAAAUGGCCUCUACAAGCAUGCAGAUGAAUCUUGGGAUUAUUCUUGCUCUCUUUGUAAUCGUUUCCAUACAUUGCGGCUACGGACAUAAUUACGGACAAGGAGUGCCGACUUGGAUAUGCCUCGGUCUAAAGUCUCCAUUCAUCCAGUUCCGGUCAGAGUUUGAGGUGCUGUCCAACAAUAGCAUAUCAUUGAACCUAACAGAAAUCCGACACAAGCUGAAAAGUGUACAAAAUUUGGAUCACUUCAUACGUCCCGUCGAUAACGGGCGGAAGGACGAUAGCAAAAAACAACUUCUUGCCGCAUUGUCCACAUCAACGGGUGUGGUCAAUACGCUUCCUAGCAAUAUGACGAUUACAUUUCUAACCACAACUCCACCAUCGUUUGUGAAUCAUUUCGAAAUAACGACAGAGACUAGUAUUUCAAACGAUGUGGACAUGGAAAAGAAAACUGUUAGCGAGCAUAUGAUAGCUGACGAUAGCAGCAAAAAGGAAAGAAAAUAUAUAAUACCGUUAGCUCUGAAAACAUCUUUGAAUGAAAAGGAAAAGACGGCGUCCAUAUUUCAUGGAUCGUCGACCAAUAUUGACGACUUGAAGCGUCAUAUUUUGAUGCUACAAAACCUGACACAGUCCGAUAAGAGCUUUCAAAGUAAAUUUGUGGUUUUUCCUGCUUUGCAAAAAAAUGGAUCGGAAGCUGUUAGUACAAUCAAAGCAACAACUGUUUCACCGACGACUACAUUUCGACCUCCAUUCCAUAAUAUGCCUGUGUUACAAAUUAAAGAAGACCGAAGUUCAGCAAGGGUUUUCCCUGAAAAGUUUACUCGACUGCGACCAACGAUUAAUAUGCCCAGGCAAAUUCUGCCCAAUUCACAAGAUAUACUGACCGAUAAUAAAGACGACAUGUUCAAAAUGGAAAAAAUUACAAUAGUCCCACAGGUUUUCUUACAAAACGACCAAACUCCGGAUUCCAUGGCAGAAGAAGAUAAUAAUAACAAUAAUUACGACAACAACGAAAGAAGAAAAGAGAUCAAAGGAAAUGACGGAGAGAGUAUCAAGAAUAAAAAACCAUCGCCGCCAGUCUAUCAAGGAAAAGGAGGUACGGGAGAAGAGACAGGUUAUAAAUCUCCACUGUCGGCCACAAUACUACCGUCUCGAAAACUCGGACGCAACAGAACAACGUUGGCGGUAUUGGCGUCUAGCGCGGUACAAACGGCCAUAGCCGCUGAUGAUAUUGAUAACGCCUCUACACGUGGUUCCAUUGCUGGCGGUAAUGUAAGCGCACGGGGGGGAAAUGGCAAAAAGCGGAAUCGAAAAAAUAAAAAGCCGUCAGAGAAACCAAUUAACUCCAAUCCGGUUCAAGACUUUGACGGUGUAACGAAUCAAAGUUCAAGCGCAAACAAGACCAAAGCCGGCAGGAAAGGUGCUAAACGGCUUCAAAGGCUCCAACAGAAAGCAUUUAUGUUGCAGCAAUUAACAUCCAGCUCAUCGACUGUUGCACCCCUUACGGUACCUCCCACGUCCAGUUCUAGUCGAAAACUCUCGCGUUACCGCCGUGCAGAAUGGUCAACAAUCAAAAAUCAUCGGUCCCAGCUGGAGCAUUCGACAUCCAAGGAUAGCACAAUGGUUUCGAUUUACGGAUCGCUUAACAGUUCCAGUGUUAGUGUCAUCAGUGGUGUGAGUAAUAGUGUUGGCUUGAAAAAUGGUACCGCUUCAAAUAUCGAUAGCAACAACAGCGAUGGUAACCACAGCGAGAAAGACAUAAUCAAUUUAAAUCCCGAUCUCUGUUUCAAAGUCACAGGUCUCAGCGGAGGCCAGCAAAAAUUGUGCGCCCAGCACACCAGUGUAAUGCCAGCUAUUAGUCGAGGGGCCCGCGCUGCAAUACAAGAAUGCAAACACCAGUUCAGACACCGACGUUGGAACUGCACCGCCAUAGAAGACGACACUGUUUUUGGACCAGUUUCGAAUAUAGGUUCACCAGAAAUGGCAUUUGUUCAUGCGUUGGCAGCAGCUGCAGCUGCCAGCUUUAUUGCUCGUGCCUGUCGAGAUGGACAAUUGGCAUCAUGUGGAUGCUCUCGAAGCUCCCGCCCGUCACAGUUACACGAAGAUUGGACCUGGGGAGGAUGCGGUGAUGAUAUGGAGUUUGGAUACAAGUUUUCGCAAACAUUCAUCGACAUCAAAGAAAAGGAAAGGAAACGUGGCACUAGAGGUUUGGUAUCAAUACCAGCAAAGUAUCCAAAAAUUGUCGAACGUCUGCUGGAAACACUAAACGAUACGAGUGAAAACGUUUUAAAUGGAACUGACACGCUGUUUCGACCUGAGGACCUGCAGAAACUUCAAGAUAAAAUAGCCAAAGAAAUUUCCAGCUCUAAUCUGGACCCAAAGGAAAUGAAUGAACUACAGGAAAAAAUCAAUAAGGAGAUAAGUAACUCGGAAGUAUUUAACCUAAAGCAUUUCAAUAUCUAUGACAAACUGAAAAAAAUGUUCAAAAAACCGGAAAAAACCCUCAAUGGAGUGAAAUUUAGUGCAUCAGCCAAGGCACGAGCAUUAAUGAAUUUGCAUAACAAUGAAGCUGGACGAAGGGCAGUAAUAAAAAAAUCACGCAUCAUAUGCAAAUGCCAUGGAGUAUCCGGUUCAUGUAGUUUAAUUACAUGUUGGCAGCAGUUAACUUCGGUUAGAGAAAUUGGUGAUUUUCUUAGAGAAAAGUAUGAUGAGGCCACUCAAGUCAAAAUCAACAAACGUGGAAGAUUGCAAGUGAAAGAUCCUAGAUACAAACUUCCCACACCACUGGAUCUAGUAUAUUUAGACGAGAGUCCCGAUUGGUGUCGGAAUAAUAGACAGCUGAAAUGGCCCGGUACUCAUGGUCGUGUAUGUAAUAAAACCUCAUCUGGCCUAGAUGGAUGCGCCAUACUCUGCUGCGGUAGAGGGUACAAUACGAAAAAAAUAGUGGUCAAAGAGCGCUGUAACUGUAAAUUUCAAUGGUGCUGCCAGGUGAAGUGCGAUAUAUGUACGAGACAUAUAGAAGAAUACACGUGUAAAUAAUUGUAGUUUUAGUCCAAAAUUGCAAUUCGACUCAAAAUUCUUGCAUACCUACUUGUUCUUCAUUGGAUGAUUUUCCGAUUCGAGGCUUUGGAAUAGACGAAUGCAACGUAACGAAUUAGUGUAAAUGAGUGCAGGAAUGUGCCGAAAGAUUAUUUAUUUGCCAGUGCGAAAACUUGUCUUAGUAUGAGUGUUUUAGGAGAAUAACUAUGAAACUAUUAUUAUAGAAUGAUCAAGGAUUAGAGAAGACUUUAGAUACAGACACCACCUUGAAUUCUAGGAGGAAGUAUAGUAAACCAACAUCAGUUUUUUUAGAUUUGCAGUUAAUGGAUUAUAUACAAAUAAUAAACUUGCUUUUUCCUACCUGUACAAAUCCGUAUUAUUAAAUGUAUGGUUACAUCAAAAUUUUAGCUGUGCUUGUAAAAUUUAUGCAUGAAAUAACAAAAGAACGAUAUAGAUCAAUCAAACGAGAAAAAAUCGCUAUAAAAAAAAACAAUGUUUUCUCAAACAUAUUUGUUUUGAAGAAUUUUUGAUAGCUGAACCAUCACGCAAACUAUUUCAAAAAUGCUGCGCAACUCAAUUUUCUAAAUGUUUUACAAUCCAACGACUAAACUUGAU